AUGAACAACGACCAACAGAACGCACUAGCCAUUCAUGAUAAAGCCCGCGAACAAGUCAACUCCCCACCCCUAAUCUGGUCCUGGCAGCUCGCCGACGAAGCGCAAACCUGGGCCGAUUACCUCGCCGGCAACGACAUCGGCGAAGCUCGAAGUAGAUUGCGCAUGCCAGCCGAAGACCUGAACCAAUUCGUCACCACGAUACAACUUGCGAAUCCUCGUGACCCUCUGACUUCCAUAAGCUCGAAUUGGAAUGCGGACAAGGUCCAUUGGCAUGGCAAGGAGAUUUGGGAGUAUUGCGAGAGCCGGUGUAAGCAUCUGUGCUACACUCAGAUGAUCUGGAACAAAACAACGCAUAUGGGUAUGGCCGCGGCGAGCAACGGUGCUGCGACAUUUGUGGUCGCGCGGUAUUGGCCUGCUGGAAAUAUGGUGGGAGAGCGUCCUGUGGAAGUACCUGUGAAGGGCGACAAGGUGUUUGAAUCCUCGGAGACGGUCGUCUCUCAACGAGGCGGUCUGCGACAUCCUUGCGUGUAA